GCGCGACGAGAUUUUCGAUGGGAUGGAAGCGGCGACCUGGCGAAGGACGAUCGAGGAAACUGGAGAGGUUCAAAGAUCAGCUUGCAUGGAAGGACGAGAUAUCGUCAGCAUUAGCUGACAUUCACAAGGAGCAGUGUCGUGCAGCCCCCGCUGCAUCGACUCACUUGCAAUUGCACCGCCGGCCUCUGCAGCUCUUGCCGAGGUCUACUCCAUCAGAAGCAGUCACCGCUAAGCACUCUGGUUCCGUUUGUCUAAGUAACGAAGAGAUUCGCCAUAUCUUUGCGGCCGAGCAUCGCAACGUUCUCAUGUUCAAACCGUCAACCCUCGUCGAUCGAUGCUUGCACGUCAUCGCGAAGUAUUUCGAUCGGUACCCUGCCGACGACGACUACGUCGUGGAGGCCAUGCAUCAUGGCAUGUCUCCUGAUCUCCACCAUCGGUUGUCGAUUUUGAGCACGUGGUAUGAAACCAUGACCGCCGACAACGCGGCGUUCGUGUGCAUUCCCACGACUCAAUCAUUGUGUCUCGGCCAGUUGAACGUUGACGCGUUUGUCUUGCCUCUGAUAACUCCUCAAGUGUCGACGGCGAGGGCGGACUCUGUCAGUAGCGAUGCCGAAUCGUGGGAAGACUUGCCAGACAUUUUGAUGACCUGGACUGGAUGUCCUCACCUCGAAGAGCUCGAGUUAGUGGCGUGCUAUGAGAUAUCCAUCGCAUGCCUCGAGGAAUGUACGAACUUGACCAAGUUGUCCCUUGUGGACUGCUCGGCCUUCAAUGCUGUCGACACCGACCUACUCAUGCACUUGCCUCGAAGACUGCAGAGUCUCAGCCUCGUCGGGUGCACGUGGCUCUCGAACAAGAUGCUGAUGGCGCUGCUGCGCGUGGCCAGUGCGACAAUGCUCUCACUGCGAUAUGUUCGCGUGUGGGGGUGCUGCCGUGUCUCUCUCGUGGUCGAGCAAGCCUGGGCGGCAGAUUUGCCUCAAGUUCACCUCGAUGUGAAGCAGCCACCGCACACAUAAGCCACUAUCCAUUGAAUGCAUGCCUCAUGAUGAAUCUACAAGAACAAGC